AAAUGCCUGUGCGCCGCGGUCAUGUGGCGCUCCAAAACACCUACCUGGACACCAUCAUCCGCAAGUUCGACGAGCAAAACCGAAAGUUCCUGAUCGCCAACGCUCAGAUGAAGAGCUGUGCCAUCAUCUUCUGUAACGAGGCGUUCUGCUCGCUGUUCGGCUUCACUCGUGCCGAGGUCCUCCAGCAGCCCUGCACCUGCCCCUUCCUGGUGGGACCCGGGACCAUGAAGAGCGCCCUCUCUCUGCUGGCUCAGGCACUGCGCGGGAGCGAGCAGCGUAAAGUGGAGCUGCUGUAUUACUCCAAAGAGGGCACGUGCAGGCCCUGUUUGGUGGACAUCAUCCCGGUGAAGAGUGAGGAGGGCGUGGUCAUCAUGUUCAUCCUGGACUUUCAGGAGCUGCUGGAUCCAAACCUGAAGAAGUGUGGCCUGAGGCAGAGAGUGGAGCAGAGCUGGCUGUACUGUCGCAGUCGGCGGUUGAAGAUGCGGUUCCCGGUGCUCAGGUCCAUGAGGAGGCCCAGUCUGUCCAAGGAGCAGUUUGAGGGCGUCGUGGUCGAUUACCUCACGCCCAACAGUGAGGAGGUGCCCCUGAAGGAGUUCCGUAUCCCAUCGAAGGAGAGCUGUGUUCAGUCUGAGACCGAAGCUUUGAUCGAACAGGACCAGCCCUCCUCCGCCCAGAGCUCCACCAAACGCCGUUCUCUGCUGCCCCCUCUGCCCCCUCUACCCGCCCUACCCGCCCUGCCCACUCUACCCGCCCUCCCCACCCUGCCCGUCCUGCCCGCCCUCCCUGACCGCCUGGAGCCGUCUCUGGGCCUGGCUCGUGGCUCUCUCUCCUGCUCGCGGGACUCUGUGCGCUCCCUCCGACGAGCCUCCUCCCUGGACGACAUCGACGGAAUGAGGGCGGAGUGGAGCGCGGAGGAUCGGAACACCAGCAACUUGAAGCCCAGCACUGUGAACUCGACCUCUGACUCAGACUUGAUGAGGCACCGCACUGUGGGCCGGAUUCCACAGGUGGCGCUGUCAUUCGGGUCGGACCGGCUCAGGCCUCCUUCCCCCACCGAGAUUGAGAUCAUAGCACCCAGCAAGAUCAAGGACCGCACCCAGAACGUCACCGAGAAGGUCACCCACGUCACCCAGGUCUUGUCUCUUGGUGCAGACGUCCUCCCCGAGUAUAAACUUCAGGCUCCUCGUAUCCACCGCUGGACCGUGCUCCACUACAGCCCCUUUAAGGCCGUGUGGGACUGGCUCAUCCUCCUCCUCGUCAUCUACACGGCGGUCUUCACUCCGUACUCGGCAGCGUUUCUCCUGAACGAGGUUGAAGAGCAGCGGAGGAGGGACUGUGGCUACACCUGUAACCCUCUGAACGUGGUGGAUUUGGUUGUAGACGUGAUGUUCAUCGUCGACAUCGUGAUAAACUUCAGGACGACAUAUGUGAAUCAGAAUGACGAGGUGGUGAGCGCCCCCUGGAGGAUUGCCACGCACUAUUUCAAAGGCUGGUUUCUGAUUGACAUCGUGGCUGCCAUCCCCUUUGACCUGCUCAUCUUCCAGUCAGGCUCCGAGGAGCCUCAGACGACCACUCUGAUUGGCCUGCUCAAGACUGCUCGGCUGCUGCGUCUCGUUCGUGUCGCAAGGAAACUGGACCGCUACUCGGAGUACGGCGCUGCGGUGCUGUUUCUGCUCAUGUGCACCUUCGCCCUCAUCGCUCACUGGCUUGCCUGCAUCUGGUACGCCAUCGGUAACAUGGAGCGCACCAGUUCGGCUCGGGUGGGGAGCUUGAGGAUCGGCUGGUUGGAUAACCUAGCGGAUCAGAUCGGGAAGCAGUACAACGACAGCGACGUGAGCUCGGGCCCCUCCAUCAAAGACAAGUACGUGACCGCGCUGUACUUCACCUUCAGCAGCCUGACCAGUGUGGGCUUUGGAAACGUGUCGCCCAACACCAACCCAGAGAAGAUCUUCUCCAUCUGCGUCAUGCUCAUCGGAUCGCUGAUGUACGCCAGUAUCUUCGGUAAUGUCUCUGCCAUUAUCCAGCGUUUGUAUUCGGGCACCGCGCGGUACCACACACAGAUGCUCCGCGUUAAAGAGUUCAUCCGGUUUCACCAGAUCCCAGGAGCCCUGAGGCAGAGGUUAGAGGAGUACUUCCAACACGCCUGGUCCUACACCAACGGCAUCGACAUGAAUGCGGUUCUGAAAGGCUUCCCUGAGUGCCUCCAGGCCGACAUCUGUCUGCACCUGAACAGGACUCUUCUACAGAACUGUCGCGCGUUCAAAGGAGCUAACAAAGGCUGUCUGCGCGCUCUGGCCAUGCGCUUCAAGACCACCCACGCGCCCCCUGGAGACACGCUGGUGCACUGCGGGGACAUCCUCACCGCACUCUACUUCAUCUCCAGAGGCUCCAUCGAGAUCCUGAGGGACGAUACCGUGGUCGCCAUUUUGGGUAAGAACGACAUCUUCGGCGAGGCGGUGAGCGUGUUCGGGCGCCCGGGUAAGUCCAGCGCAGAUGUCCGAGCUCUGACCUACUGCGAUCUCCAUAAGAUCCAACGCGACGAGCUGCUGGAGGUCCUGGACAUGUACCCCGACUUCGCCCAACUGUUCUGGACAAACCUGGAGAUCACCUUCGACCUCCGAGAUGCAGACGGUGUGGACCUCCCCUCGGCCCCCGCCUCAGAGUGUGACUUCACCAGACACAAACACCACCGGAGAUCUCUGCGCCGAAGGAACCGCCCAGCCCCUCCCCUCUCUGUCCCUGGUCUCUAUGGUUACUGGCCUGAGCGGAGACCCUCUCAGUUCUCAGAUUGCCCCCGGCGUCUCAGCAUAGCUCGGACUAGACUGUACCCAGGUCAGGACCGGUCCAGUGAGCUUGAGUCUCGCCUGGAGCUGCUGCAGUCACAGCUCAACAGGUUGGAGAGUCGAAUGACCGCAGACAUCACCGUGAUCCUCCAGCUGCUGCAGAGACAGAUGGUUCCUCCGGCGUACAGUGCUGUGACUCCACCCCUUCACGCCGUGACUCCGCCUCGUCCCACCCCCCUGUAUGGCUCUGGAGCGCCCCCUGUGCUCACAACAGCCACUUUGCAGUCGGGGAAUGUGCAGAGCCCAGACUCAGAUCUGCAACGCAAACCCAGGGACUCUGAAGCCUGUUCGCCCUCCGGUGGCGAUACCGUGGCACUGCAGCCUCCACGUCGCCCCUCCCUCCCCUCCCUCACCUGCACAGAGCAACAGGACCUCCAGAAGCACUUGUCUGACCCUGUCCUGCCGGGGAGCUAG